AUGUCACUUGGAUUUGGAGUCAAAAGAAUCAGUUCAGCCAUGUCCCCCAAUACUCCCCCGACCUAUCUCAUCACGGCGGCCUCUGGUCACAUCGGCCAACGACUUGUUCCUCUCCUCCUGUCCCAGGCAGCAAGACCAACUCUCAUUCUUCCUACAAACAAUCCUGACAAACUCAAGUCGCGACUCAAUUCCCAUGGAGAUGAUGCUCGGGUCAGAGUUGUUCAUGGAAACGUCCAAGAUCCGGUCUUCCUCGAGGAGACCUUGAAGGCGCAUGGUGUCACAGCCACCUUUGUCUGCUUGACCGGCGAGAAUGAGUUGAUGGUCACGCUCAACUUUUUUGAUGCAAUGAAACGUGCUGAGACAGUAAAGCAUCUCGUUUACCUGUCUGCAUGUGGUGAUUUUGGUCUUGACGCAAUUGAAGCUGGCCACCUCCGAGACGUGGCUUCAGGCCAUGUAUUGGUCAAACACAUCAUCGAAGCCAAGUUGCGUUACGGGGUGACAGAGCGAAGCCAGCCAGGAGGGUUUAGCUGGACCAUCAUUGGACCUUCUCUCUUCUUCGACAAUGACUUGCGCAGCAAGGAGAGCAUACUCAAACAGGGAUUCUUUGACGAGCCACUUGGGAGCAAAGGCGUUAGUCGAGUGGACCCUGCGGACAUCGCAUUAGCAACAGCGAACGCAUUGCAAGACGAUGGACAUGUCUGGGCUGGAAAGAAGAUCAUGAUUGGGAGUUUGGAAACAUACACCAGCACUGACACGGCAAGACUGUGGUCAAAAGUCCUCGGAACAGAAAUCACGGCUGCAAAGAGUGAUGAAGAAGGCCUAGUAGAGUUUGAGAAGCUCUUCCGAACGAGGGUCAAUUCCAUUUGGGCCAGAGACAUGAGACUCAUGUAUGAUUAUUUUGAACAGAAUGGUUUUGGAAUGACUGAGACAGAACAUCAGGAGCAGGUUAAAUUAUUGGGAAGGAGUCCUGCGAGCUACGAGGAGUUUAUCAACAAGACUGUCAAAAAAUGGAAGAUGGAUGUCUCCGAAUAG